CGGUCGUGAUUGUUGUGAAGAUGGCGGAGGGGGAGACAGAAAAGGAAUAUGAUACACGGAAAGCCACCGACGAGCUCCGCGAGCGCUUCCACGGUUUGACCACGGCUCUGAGGGAGAGCUCGCAGCCUUCGCUUGAAGCCUCCCUGAUUUUCUGCCAGGAGUUCUGCCAGGUUCUGGUGGAACAUGCAGGCCGUUGGAAAACAGACGAGGAUCCACUGCCUCUGCUGCAGGUUUACACCAUGGCUAUCCUCAGCUUUGCUAAGGCUUCUUCCUGUCUCUCUGAAGAAUGUGAAAAUGGCCCACUCCUACUUGAAAAGUUAGCGUUGAGCUGUGCAGAGUUGCUGCUUUUAAUGCCCCAGCAUAUUCCUGGUGCCUUAUGGGAGGAGUUCCAGUCCUCCAUGAAGUUYGCACACACCCUUUUGCUAGAAAGUGGGAACACACAGCUUUGUGUGCUCUCAAUUCUGGCACAGCAGGAUGGCGUUUGGGUCAACAGCACAUUAAGCAGCAUUCUGUCCAAUCAAAUUCCUCAAACUGAACAAGUCCACGACUAUCUUGAAUUGGAGGGUCCCKUGCUUGUUAACAUGCGAAUAAAGCACCUUAUCAAGGUGGGCAGUAUUGAUAAAGCUGCUGUUCUUGCGAAGAUUUGUUCAGAGUAUCCAGGGUUUGAAGGAAAAGUGAACUUCAAACAGACCUACUUGCUCUGCAUCUGCAUGGCAAAAAGUCAGGAGCAGCUGAUGGAAGAGAUUUCAUCAAUAGACUGUAAAGAUGCACUUGAAAUGAUCUGCAACUUGGAGUCGGAGGGCGAUGAGAAUGGAGCUCUGUGUAUGUGCACUGCCUUUCUCAAGCGACAGCUCAUCCAGGGAGACGUUUACUGUGCUUGGGAACUCACCCUGUUCUGGAGUAAAUUGCUCAUGCGAUUAGAGGCUUCGGCUGAUUCGUUUCUCAGCCACAGCAAAGAGAUGACUCUCCUCUGCAGAAAUGUUUGUCACAUUCUGUUUCUCAUCAAAGUCAUCCAAAAUGAGGUUGGAGAAGUGGGGCUUCCAGUCUGCAUAGAAAUGUGCAUCCAAGCUCUAAAAAUGACCUCCACUGACCAUAAAGACAAUGAGUCUACCAUCUGCAAGACUAUUUCCUGCCUCUUGCCAACUGAUCUCGAGGUUAAGCGCGCGUGCCAGCUGACGGAGUUCCUCCUGCAGCCUACUGUUGACUCUUACUAUGCCGUAGAGUCGCUGUACAACGAACCUGACCAAAAGCUUGAGGAGGACGGGAGUCUGCCCGUGCCCAAUUCUUUACGCUGUGAGUUACUGCUGGCCUUGAAGACACAGUGGCCUUUUGAUCCAGAGUUCUGGGAUUGGAAAACACUGAAACGCAACUGUUUAGCAUUGAUGGGCGACGAGGCAGCUAUUGUCUCAUCUAUUGACACACUCAAUGACACAGAUGAGCAGGAGGUGGAAAAUACACUUGGCAAAAUGCCUGAAUACAAAGACCUGGAGGACUUCCUGCUAACCACUACAAAUGAACUCAAUGAAAUUACAGAUGAAAAAGAAAAAAACAGAGAGGCUAAAAAGCUUCGGGAGCAGGGAUUUGUGUCCGCUCGGUUCAGAAAUUGGCGAGCCUAUAUGCAGUAUUGCGUUUUGUGUGAUAAGGAGUUUUUAGGUCACAGAAUUGUCCGUCACGCUCAGAAACAUUUCAAAGAUGGGGUGUAUCUUUGUCCAAUUUGUGCAGACAGUUUUGGAAGUAGGGAGAUUUUGGAGCCACAUGUAGCAUCCCAUGUAAAGCAAUCGUGCAAAGAAAGACUGGCGGCAAUGAAAGCUGCAAGAAAGGUAACCAAACCACUUCAGUCCCCUAAAAGUCCAUCAAAGAUUUCCAAGGUUGUAGUCAAGACAAGCAUGAGCCCUGUUAAAACUGAACCUCAAAUAGGUGAAAACUUGGCACCCACUGUUAAAAUAGGACAAACGACGUCUGAUUCUCAGAUUAGUCAAGACUGUUACUGUCCUGUGAAAAACUGUGCAAAGGCAUUCAAGAUUUUCCGUAACCUCAUGGCUCAUGUCAGAUCUCACAAGGACGACGAGGAGGCCAUGAGGUUUUUAGAAAUACAGAAACAGAAAGUGGUGUGUCAGUACUGCAGAAGGCAGUUCGUUAACGUCAGACAUCUUAAUGAUCAUUUGCAGAUGCAUUGUGGCAGCAAACCAUAUAUCUGCAUACAGAUGGAUUGCAAGGCCCACUUUAAUUCCAACUCUGAGCUUCUCAUGCACAGAAAAAUGCACUCUGAAUUUAAAGCUCAGUGCAUGUUUCCAAAUUGUGGCCAAGUUUUCAGCGAGGCCUACCUGUUGUAUGAUCAUGAGGCCCAGCAUUACCUUACCUACACCUGCCAAAUUGACAACUGUGGUAAAAUAUUCUAUGUACAAUCAGAUUUUUUUUCUCACCAAGAGCAUCAUAGAUCAAAUGCUGCCGUAAACACAUUUAUUAUUGGGAAUCAAAUCCCUCCUACAACCACAAAAGUAGAACUGCCAUCUAGAAGCACCCCAGUCAAAGAAGAUGCACAUUCUGCUGUUUUUAGCUUAGAAAAAAAUACUACAGACGUUUGUGUGAAGGAGGCAGUUGUAUCACCGUGCACAUCGGCUGAUGUUCCUAGAGAGGCUGUUCCCAUGAAAGUCAAACACUCGAUUGAAAACAUGCUGAAUUCAAUGGCAGGUCCUGGGCUAAAGGAGCCCGAGAAAUGCUACACUCCAUUCACCAACCCCACUCCUGCACCCUCUGAUGCAAAUCCACCACCAGACAUGCCACAAGCAUCCCAUCAUGUGCCUGAGCACAGUCAUGUACCUCCGGUGUAUCCUAUUCCCUCUGCAACAAAUCCAGUGACUAGUCCAGAAGUAAACCAGAAUAAUGAUAAACAAGGCAACACAUUUCAGAAAGUACUCCCGAAAAUAAUGUCUCCGAGUCAAAUCAAAACCGAAAUUCCUUAUUCGCUGCAGGGAUACCCUUCCACUUCACCCACUGUUCCUGCAAAAAGUGAAGAAAAACUGCACUGCUGCCCAAGUGGCGACUGCUCACGUGCGUACAGUACAAACAAAAGUCUGUCAAGACAUGUAAAGAAGCAACAUCCUGAAAUAUUUGAAGACUGGAAAUUGGCAAAGAAAUACAACAAAGUAGCCAGAAUUACAGCAAAAAAGGGGAAAAAAUCAUCAAGAAAGCGAGGGGUACUAUGCAACAAACCAGGAAUACAGCAAAUGGAUUAUUCAAUAGGAUGCUCAACCUCAGCAUCCGAGUGUUAUCCUGGAUCAGUUGAGCCUGUGCCUAUUACUCCAAUGAUCAAUCCAACAGUAUACCCAUCCUGGGGGUGCCAAAACAAUCCCAAUGCUGUGAUGCCGUCAGACAUGUCUCAGUCAUGGUCUUCAAUGCCAAUAAAUAACUGCUAUCCUGAAACCUUUAAUAUGAAUGAGUACUCCUCCCGCAACUACCCUCACUGGCAAGCAGACGCUUAUCAAACCGCAAUGCCUCAGCCUCCUGAGAGAGCUCAUUCAGUGGCAGCUACACACUGUUCCCCUAUGUCUCAUCCUCCUUCAGAUUCAAGUUUAAUGUCUCAGUAUGUGUCCAGCUCACUAAUGCUUGACAAUGGUGGACAAAUGCAUAAUGGUGGACCUCAGUAUGGGCUUAUGCACACUGAUAGUACUGCAGAGAGUGCAGAUGUGAGGAAAGGCAGUGCAAGUAUUAUAGUACCGAUGGAUAAUGGAAACAGUAUCUCAACAAGUGACAGUCUUCCUGAUGGAAGUUACCACACUCCGUACGCUCCGAGUGAGAACUCUUGUCUCACUCAGUCAUCGUCAGUGGAUGUCCCAGAAAAAAGUGGGAGUCCAGAAGUUAAAAUUCCAGUAAAAGAUGAAAUUGUGAAAAAUGAAAACGCAUCCACUCCUGGUUGUGAACAGACGGAUAACUCGGUAGAUGAGAUGCUAAGUCCAAACAGUGUUAUUCACACGGACUUUCCUUUUGAUGAGGACUGUCCUAAUGCUGAGUGUCAAGCCAGCAAUGCAGAUGAAAAGAGUGAGGAUCUUGACUCGCAAAAAGGAAAACGCAGCAGGCUGAGCAAGCGCACCAAAUGGCCAGCAAUAAUUAAGGAUGGUAAAGUUAUAUGCAGGAGGUGUUUCAGAGAGUUCACAAGCACCAAAUCUCUCGGAGGUCACCUAUCUAAACGUUCACAAUGCAGACCCCUUGAUGAAAUUGACCUGACAGCAGACCUACCAACAUCAUUUCUGGAUUUCCUCAAUGACCCUCAUGUCCCUGACACCAACGGAUCAAUAUUCAACAUGCCAAAUGGAGAAUUCUCAGAGGAAUCAGGCAGCUUGACCACAUUUAAUUCACCUGUGAUGCUGAAGCAGGAACCCCAGGCUGUAAGUAUUAUGGACCAUCCAAGUUCUCACUCAGCUGGCCCUGAAGACCAGCAGGAAAAAGCUACUGAGCUGGUUAAUUCUCCCCGUGCUGGACCCCAUCGGGAAGAUCACCUAGGGGAAAUGUCACAUGCCUUUCAAAAAAUGGAUUUGAUUGAGGCUGCACAAGAGAAAAUGCGAAAUGUUUUGGCCUUAGAGCUAAAUGCUAGUCAAAGUCAGACAACUCCUAAAACAGAAAAAAGAAAAAGGCUGAGUAAAAGCGAAGCAAAGUCUACAGAGAAGGUGUCCAAACCUUUUAAAUGUGAACGAGACGACUGUGAAUUCUCAUUCAUGACAAAGGAGGCUUUAUUCAAACACUUAAGCAAAAUGCAUGAUUAUACCAAUGAAAUGAUAGAAGAGCUCAAAAGGAACCCCUCUAAACUGUCUCCAUAUCCUUGUAAGAUUUGUUCAAAAACAUUCACAAGAACGACAGGGUUGAGAAUUCACUAUGAAAAAGUCCAUCGGUUAUCAAAGGUAGAGAUGCUGAAGUUAAAAAUCAAUGCUCGGGUUCGGCGUCCAGCCAAAAUAAUCAAUGAAAGCUCUUCGAACACCCCUGUAAGCAUUAAACCCAACACCAGCACAGUGCAAUCUGCACCUGUAAUGCCUGUUUUUAAACAAGAGCCCAUGGACAUUGCAAUUGCACCUCAACCCAUAAUUGAAGUUAUUGAAACCAAUCUAAAGGUUCCUGAAAUCACUAACCAAGAAGUUGCAGUGAAACAAGUCUUGACACCUGAGAUAUCCACUGUUACACGACUACCAUCACCCCAAAACUAUUUGAGCGAAAAAACGCUCGAAGAAGCUCCACCAUCAACUCCUGAAAAAGCUCCGGAGCAGCCUAAUGUGGCAGUCGUAAACAGGAGUCCAGACGUGAAAGUAAAGUCUAAUGUGAAAGAAAAGCAAAGUCCUGUAGCCAAAGCAAAGGUGCAGCAAGAAAAUGUUGAGGAGUCGCCGAAUAAAGCGCAAGAACCAAAGACCUCCACAGCAUCGGCUACGUCCUCCCCAGAGAAACCAAGCAGUUCUAAAAGCACACCAACGAAGGAGGAGAGGAAAGAAAAGCGUCAGAGAAAGUUGAGUCUAAAAAUGUGUGAGAGUGACAAUGCCUUCAGUCCAUAUAGACCAUAUCGCUGUGUUCAUGAAGGAUGCACUGCAGCGUUUACCAUCCAGCACAAUCUUAUUCUGCAUUAUAGAGCCAUGCAUCAGGCAUCGCUGCCUCCUACCAAAACUGAACCUGACAUCGACAAAGCAAUUAUUACUAAUGAACAGGAGAGCUGUGAGAGCAUAGGAAAAGACGAUGAAGUCAGGUGUCAGGUGAGAAAUUGUUCAAGGGUGUUCAUGGGAAUCACAAAAUUAGUGCAACAUUACCUCUUACUUCACAAAUUUACUUGUGAUAAGGCCACCACUAUGAUGGCCACCAUGGCCAUAGGGACUUUUAACUGUGAUCGGCCAGAAUGUGCUCUACCUUUCAACUCUGUUGAGAAGUACAUUGAGCACAUCAAGAAUUACCACAAGGAAAUCGCUGUGUCUGAGAGAGGCUCGGUUGAUCCAACCUUUUGGUGCCAGUAUGAUGGGUGCGACCGUGUGUACACUACAAAAUCCAACCUCCUCCGCCACCUGAUCAAAAAGCACGAUUAUAUUUAUGAUCCCAAAACAAAUGAUGGACGACGGAAUAAAUCACUCACAUUCUUUCCAGGAAUCAACAAUAGGAAAGAGAAUCUAGAAAAUAAAGUCAAAGUGAAGAAGAAGAACACUAAAAAGAAAGAUGGGAAGUCCAUUGAGCACUGGACAAGUUUUGGCACGCCUACACUAAAAUCUCAUGAAGAGGCAUCAGCCAUGUGCACCAAGAAGUCAGCUCUGCAGUACCCAUGCAUGCUUAUAGGCUGUGAUGCUGUAGAAUGUGCCGAAAAGAGUAUUUUCAAGCAUUACACAACUCAUGGCCUCACAGAAAGAUACAUAGAAGAUCAGAGGAGUCAGUUUAUUUUCUGCAAGAAGUACUCGCGUGCCAGAUUCAAGGAUGCAAACAAAGCAGAAGGUGCUUCGAGUUCUUCGGAGGAGAUGGAGGCCGAAGAAGACGAAAAGCCAAGUGACCCAAAAACUGAGGAAUUGCCGAUUGUGGAAAAACUAGAACAAGAGGAAAGCAAGGAGUUCAAUGAUGAUAGUCCAGAAUCUCAAGAGUCUCAAGAAUCUCAAGAGUCUCAAGAAUCUCAAGAGUCUCAAGAAUCUCAAGAGUCUCAAGAAUUCCAAGAAUCUCAAGAGUCUCAAGAAUCUCAAGAAUUCCAAGAAUCUCAAGAAUCUCACGCUUCCACUGGGACAGAUGCUGGACCUAAAAGAGGUCGUCCUAGAAAACCCUCACAGCCUAAAUCAGCAUGUCCGAAAAGGAUUCUGACCCUUAGAACCCGAUCGACUGUUAACAGUUCAAGAGAGAACUCAAAUCCUGGUACCCCUACUGCUCCAGAGCAACAGGACGACGGGGUUUUGCCAGGGUCUUUCAAGCCUUUAGGACUUGAGGACUCAUUCCUUAAGUUUCUGGAAACCUCAGAGUCAACAAACCCUUCUAAACGCAAAUUAAACGAGAAAUCCAAUGCUGAAGUGCCCUCUAAACGGCAGAAAGCUCACAAACCGAAGCCUGCACAAAGAAGUAAAAUCACUGARGACAUUAGAGGCUGUGAGAAUCUUAUAGACUUCAGAAAUCCAUUAAAACUAAAAUCUGGGAGUAAUGUAAAAAUAGUAAUGGAUAAAACACUUUUAGACGGUGCUGAAAGUUUACUUAAGCAGCUACAACGUAUGAAGCCCACAGUUGUUAUUAAAAGGUGGCUUUAUAGUGCAUCAUAAUCCAAUAUUUUGUUUUCCAUUCAGUCUUACUCAGGAUUUGAGAUGUUAUGCUGCAGAAUGGUUUAUUUCUUAAUGCAAAAGAUUUCCAGCUCUUUACAGUCAUGGUCACAGUUGACAAUGAAAUGGCCUAUUUUGUACUUAAUUAAAACAAUUGUCUGAUGAUUUUAAGUAUGUAUGUUAGUUAUAUUAACCAGGUAAUCGAUAGGGCAUAGAUUUUAGAAACAUGUUUGUAUUUAUGCUUAGUACUUAAGAUGUUUUCUUUUUCUUCUUUUACUAAAUGGACACUUUUAAAGAAAACUGUUUUUAUAUAUCCCUAUGGGAUUUCAAGUUCUGUUUGUAUUUAUUUCAUCCCUUUUCAACACUAGUAGACCUAUCUGUAAUAUUUACAUGUCUUCCACAAAGUGUUCAAUAAAAUGUUACUGGCUCUUUUUUAUAAA